AUGGCUUCUUGAAUUCUUCUACUUUCUUCGUUCUCCAGAAAGCGUGGAGGAAAGGAUCUGCAUUUGCUUCAAGCUCAACGUCGUUGAGAUAUUGAGAUGGAAGAAGGAAACCCUAGUUUCUCAGUAGAUGAAGCACUUGUGGGGAUUGGGUUUGGGAAGUUUCAACUCUAUGUUCUUGCUUACGCUGGAAUGGCUUGGGUUGCUGAGGCUAUGGAGAUGAUGCUUCUUUCUUUCGUUGGACCUGCUGUUCAGUCUCUAUGGAAUCUCUCUGCAAGAGAGGAGAGUUUGAUUACUAGUGUGGUUUUUGCUGGUAUGCUCAUUGGAGCUUACUCUUGGGGUAUUGUUGCUGAUAAACAUGGACGCAGGAAAGGGUUUCUCAUAACAGCGGUGGUGACUUUCGUAGCUGGUUUCUUGAGCUCAUUUGCACCAAACUACAUGUCGUUGAUCGUUCUACGCUGUUUGGUUGGUCUUGGCCUGGGAGGAGGUCCUGUUCUUGUCUCUUGGUAUCUUGAAUUCAUCCCUGCGCCAAACCGAGGGACUUGGAUGGUUGUUUUCUCAGCUUUCUGGACCGUUGGAACCGUAUUCGAGGCUUCACUCGCUUGGAUAAUCAUGCCAAGCUUAGGUUGGAGGUGGCUGCUUGUACUCUCCUCUGUACCUUCAUCGUUGCUUCUUCUGUUCUAUAGGUGGACCCCUGAGUCUCCUCGUUACUUAAUCCUACAAGGCCGUAAAGCUGAAGCUCUAUCCAUACUGGAAAAGAUUGCGAGAAUGAACGGAAGCCCACUACCUAAGGGUGUUCUACGCUCAGAGAUUGAAGAGAAUAAAAGCCUUCCACCAACAGAAAACACUCAUCUUCUCAAGCCUGAAGAAGCUGCUGCUCCUUUGUCCAAGAUAGUAGUAUCUGAAAACAAUGGACCAGGCUUUAUGUUGCUAACUCUUCUAUCUCCAGAGCUAAUCAAACGGACUUUGCUACUAUGGGUUGUAUUCUUUGGAAACGCCUUUGCAUACUACGGCGUUGUCCUUCUCACCACAGAGCUCAACAAUUCCCAAAACAGUUGCAAUCCAACCGGAAAAGUGUUACAACAUACUUCAAACGAUGUUAACUACAAAGACGUUUUCAUCGCCAGUUUUGCAGAGUUUCCAGGGCUACUUAUAUCAGCAGCAAUGGUGGACAAACUUGGACGCAAAGUGACAAUGUCAUCAACGUUAUUCCUCUGCUGCAUCUUCCUUCUUCCUCUCUUAACUCAUCAAUCACCAACCAUAACCACAGCUCUUCUCUUCGGCGGCCGUAUCUGCGUCUCGGCAGCUUUCGCGGUGGUUUACAUCUACGCACCUGAGAUAUAUCCCACAGCUGUAAGAACAACCGGAGUAGGAGUGGCUAGCUCUGUGGGGAGAAUAGGAGGAGUACUAUGUCCACUAGUAGCCGUUGGAUUGGUUCAUGGAUGUCAUCAGACAGUGGCAGUUCUUCUCUUUGUAGUUGUGAUGUUUGUCUCAGGAAUCUGCGUUUGUCUCUUCCCCUUUGAGACCAGUGGUCGUGAACUGACGGAUACUAUCUCUCCGUCUAAGCAGGCAGCUUCAUCUUCCUCUGUAUAGCAGAUUCUUUUUUAAAACCAUUGUAAAUGUUUUAGUUGUUGAAGGAAACAGAACAAGAAAACAGAGUGAUAGAAAGUUUACACAUGACAGCUUUAUAGAAAUGCAGAAAAUCCAGGAUUGGAUCUAUAGUUUUUUUAUUGUAUUAGAAAUAGAGAAUAUUAUAAAGAAAAAUAAAGAUUCUCGGAGUUCCCAA